CCGGCGAGAGGGCAGGGGGGUGGGGUGGAGUCCGGCCAGAGGUCGUGCAGGUUGGGGGCAGGACUAGGGCAGGUCAGCGGUGGCUGGCGUGGAGGUGACCAGAGUGUCCUGGCCUCCCCGCCCCGGGGCAGGGCUCCGCGAUCCAAGUGCCCAGCUCGGGGAGCGAGGUGGGCGGGAGACUGGGGACCAUGGCCAGGGCAGGCAUGGAGCGGUGGCGCGACCGGCUGGCACUGGUGACGGGCGCUUCGGGUGGCAUCGGCGCGGCCGUGGCCCGAGCACUAGUCCAGCAGGGACUGAAGGUGGUGGGUUGUGCUCGCACCGUGGGCAACAUCGAGGAGCUGGCUGCCGAAUGUAAAAGUGCAGGCUACCCCGGGACCUUGAUCCCCUACAGAUGUGACCUGUCAAAUGAGGAGGACAUCCUCUCCAUGUUCUCAGCUAUCCGCUCGCAGCAUAGCGGCGUGGACAUCUGCAUCAACAAUGCUGGCCUGGCCCGGCCUGACACCCUGCUCUCAGGCAGCACGAGCGGCUGGAAGGACAUGUUGAAUGUCAAUGUGCUGGCCCUCAGCAUCUGCACCCGGGAAGCCUACCAGUCCAUGAAGGAGCGGAAGGUGGACGAUGGGCACAUCAUUAACAUCAACAGCAUGUCUGGCCACCAAGUGGUGCCCCAUUCCAUGGUCCAUUUCUACAGUGCGAGCAAGUACGCUGUCACUGCGCUGACAGAGGGCCUGAGGCAAGAGCUUUGGGAGGCCCAGACCCACAUCCGAGCCACGUGUAUCUCUCCAGGUAUGGUGGAGACGGGAUUCAGCUUCAAACUCCUUGACAAGGAACCUGAAAAGGCAGCUGCCAUCUAUGAAAAAAUAAAGGUGGGGCCUCCAUCUGGGCCCAGAAGCCACUCAUUCCCUAGUGUCUCAAACCUGAGGAUGUGGCCGAGGCUGUCAUCUACGUCCUCAGCACCCCUCCACACGUCCAGAUUGGAGACAUUCAGAUGACGCCCACGGAGCAGGUGAUCUAGUAUCCUGCGGGGAGCCCCUCCUUCCCUCCCUACCUCCCCAGCUUGGCUCCUGCCUCAGGAUUUUCCAUGUUGAUAUCUCGACUCCUGGAUUCCACUUUCCCUCCUCAUCCACACCAAGGGCUAGAAAAUUUGUUUAAGGUUUUUAACAUCAUCUGGUCAAACUGUUUCCUCUCCAAGUGUGACAAUGGGUUAGGGAAAGGAGGUAGUGUCCCUGUUUGUUUUAUCUAACUUGUUCUGGCUCCCUUCUCUGGCUCCUUGGCCUCUGUCUGCUGUCUUCAGUCUCUUCCCUUUGAUGUGGGGAAGGGCUGUGGUCAAAAGGACAGCUUUCCCUUAUCUUCUUGCACCUCAACCUCUGUCCCUGAGGACUGGGGUGGCAGAGAGAGGUCUUCACCUUUUAUCUGAAAGAUUUAUCCUGUGCUCCAGGCUUCCUUUUAGUGCCCUGCUGUCCCCUGGCGCCUUCUCUUCUUCCUUCCCAGUUCUCCAGCCCAAUCUUGGCUUCUUGACACUGGGUGGGGUCAUCACUCCUUUCUGACUGGCAGCAGAUUUCCAGGCCUGGCUCCCAAGUGGAUUUCACUGUGAUAAUUAAAAAAAAAAAAGUCCCAACCAACCUA